AUGGAUCAAAGACAAAAGGAGAUCUAUGCGCAAUUGCACCAAAGCGAGAGGGUCGACUUAGUUGUCGGUGGGCGCGAUACACCAACCGAGGCAUUCCCCUUCCCGCGAGAUUUCCUCAGCCUACGGUCACGGAGGUUUCGCGAGAUAUUAAAGCAGCAGGAAAAGAGCGUCGAGAUUCUCGACACUCUGCCGCAGACGAUGAAAGACUUUAUGGUGUGGACCUUCUCACUCAAGCCACGGAUCCUAGAAGGCGCGACUUUCGAAGAAGUUGCCCGGCUUGGGAUCUUUGCCUGUCAAUAUCAGAUUCCGGCUCUCAGCAACCAGGUGACGGACCAAAUUCGGGCCAAUCUCGCCAGUGGCGAGUGGCGUCUACAGUCUUCAAUUGUAAAUGACAUUUACAAGGCCGCAGCCUCUGGAAGUCCACUGCGAGAAGUGAUCCGAGCGGCCUUGGGUCAAAUAGUGCGACCACCGGGUGAGGGCGAGGGCGAAGGCGAAGGAGGAGUUCCAGAAGACUGGGAAGAGACGUUUAAAAAUAACCCGGACCUAGGCUACGACUGCUUCCGCGUGUCUAGAGCGGUGAAAGACUCGGAAUGGACCUCUGACUAUCUGUCCAAGGUUUGUCGAUUUCACGAUCACCAGGGCGUGUCUCACCAGUCGGCCGGUUGUGACGGGUGCCCGUAUGCCGAGUGGGAAUGUUAUCCAGCUGGUGAACAGGAUGACGUGAAUGGGCCGACGGAUGAGCAGGAAACAGUCCACGAGGCGAAAGAGGCUAAUGGUGUACAUGACGACUUGAACACGAACGGAGUCACCGAUAUGCCAACAGAGUCGGCUCAGGCGGAGAAUGUCGUCGACGGAAUAAACGGAACAGCCGAGAAGGCAACAAUGACCCAUCGACUGAACUGGGCUGAUGACUCGGAGGCAGUGAUGGAUGAAGAGACCAAGCCUGUCGCUGCAGAAACUUUCGUCGAUGAUGCCGAUGGCUCGGUGGUCCCCGAAUCAAUUUCCGGGGAUGAACCUCAAGCAAUGGGACUAAAUGGUACCAUGCUCGGGAAAGUGGGCGGGUCCCCGCCGGAAAAGCCGCAAGUGGAUUUGAAAGGCCAGAAGAAUCAGAAGAAAAGGAGGAACAGAAAGAAUAGCAGCGCUGUUUGA